CAACAGUGUCUGAAGGGUCAGCUGAACGUGAAAGAUGAAAAUGGCGGUAGCUAUGAACUUUGAUUAUCUCACAUUCUGAUCCCCACACGGAGCUUUUAAUCAUGGAGUCGGAAAGCAGGGAUCCGCAGAGACGAGCAAAUUUCACGGAUUUAGCCCUUACGCUCUUCCGAAAGAAACACGGGCGCGCGGAGCAGAACCAAAAAGUGCAGGCCCUAACGCCGCACGUGCCAGGCCUGGUCACUUUCGCUGACCAUACCAGAGCCUUGCCAUGGAGCACAGAGUACCACUCUGUCUUGAUGUUUGCCGACAUAUCAGGAUUUACAUCCUUAUGUGAGCAGUAUAGCGCAAUGGAGAAGAGCGGCAUCGACGAACUUACCAGCACCCUCAACGCCUACAUGGGCGCCAUCGUCGACGGCAUUCUCUCCUCGGACGGGGACGUGCUCAAAUACGCCGGGGAUGCUAUCCUUGCUUUAUGGCGGGUGAAUGUCGAGUCGGAGCUCCCUGCCGCGUUAGACCGAGUCAUCCAGUGUUGCCUGGACAUACAAGGGUAUUGUGGAGAGUGGGACACGGACAUAGGGGUCAAACUCACCGUCAAAAUGGGUAUUGCCGCUGGCGAUAUGACCAUGACCUUCCUUGGCAACGACGAGUUCCGCCAUUACGUGGAGCUGGGGCAGGUUGUGUCUGACGUCAACAAGGCGGAGAGCUUCUGUAAGUCGGGCUAUGUCGUCAUGUCGCCUAGCGCCUGGGAGCUCUGCAAUUGCGGCCGGUAUGAGUACGAGGUCAUGGAAGAUGGUGCACACAUCAGGGUAUUGGAAAUGAAACCUGAACCAGUAGUUGCUCGGACGUCAAGCUCUGAAGUUGUGAAAAACCGAGAGCGUCGUUUCUCCCUCACGGGUGGUGCUCCAAAUUUCAUGCAGUCCCAAGGGCGGCGUAUGUCCCUCGCCACGAGCACUGUUCACGAGGACAACGUGUCCUCACCCCCCGGGCAGCCCCUGGUAGGGACCCGCGGUAGGGUGGAUGUAGAGGACACCGUGGCGGAAGCGGCAGCCAGGAAGACCGGCUUCUCUUCCAAAACGAUGACAGGGGUGCUGAAACUACGUAACGUCGUGCAGACGGUGAAGGCGAUGCGGUUGGAGGAGACGUUGCGGCUGUACGUGCUCUCUCCCGUCCUGAAGAAGAUCGAUGACAACCAGCCACUGGAGUUCCUGUCUGAGAUGAGGCAGGUGUCCAUCGUCUUUAUGAACCUGGUACUGGACGACAACGUCAACAGCACGGAACAACUCCAGAAGAUCUUCGACGUCGUCUUCAGUCACAUCAAAGUCGUCCAUGGCUCCCUUAACAAGAUCUUCCUGUUUGAUAAGGGAUGUACAUUUCUGGUGAUAUUUGGUCUACCUGGCUUUAAACACGAGCGGGACUGUGCGCAUGCGCUCGAGAACUCCGUCAAGAUGAAGACGGUCAUUGACAAGCUACCAGGGAUACAAAGAGUGUCAAUUGGGGUAACAACGGGGACGACAUUCUGCGGCGUGAUCGGCCAUGCACGACGCCAUGAAUACUCCGUGAUAGGACGGAAAGUCAAUAUGGCGGCCAGGCUGAUGAUGCACUACCCUAACAAGGUCACGUGUGAUGACGAUACUUUCCAGUCGUGUCGUCUGCCACCCGAAAACUUCGUUGUCUUGGUUACCAAACGAAUGAAAGGUCUCCAGAAUAUAGGACUCAUCCGUGAAUUCAACCUCCCCGAUGUAAACAAAGAAAGCUCAGAAAUUGAGAACAGCCUUCCGUACUUCGUGUACCCCUUGUUAGGACGGAACGAGGAGAAGAACAUGUUCCUAGGUGAGAUCCACAACAUCCUGGACAACGGCAAACACCGCCAUCUUGUAUUCGUGGGGUCCGCUGGGAUGGGCAAGACUAGACUGCUGGAUACUCUGUGUUAUAUAGCUGCCCAGGAGAACCUGAAAGUGAUCAGCUGCAGCUUGAACCUCCUGAAUGUCAACACGGCGUACUUUCUGGCCAGACAUCUUCUCCGGAUGUUGCUGUCGAGUUGCGGCUACUCGCAGGAGGUGGAGAAGGAGCCUGCUGUAAUGGAAACCAUGAGGUUGUGUGGCAUGGACCAGCACAUUGCAGCAGUUAUCGACCUACUGUCCACAAAGCCCAUACCACCCUCACAUAUGAACCAAGCAUCUAUAACAGCUCGGACGCAGGUCUUUGAGUUCCUCACGCAUAUGUGCCUUGACUCCAUGGGUCCCACCGCCGUGAUCGUAGACGACAUGCACUUCAGUGACAAGGAGUCGUGGGCAUGUGUCCAGGCACUGAGCGAACAUCCUCAUUGUCUCCUUGCCCUGGCCACCAGACCAAACGCCAUAGAGAACCCUCCGUGCCCAGAAGCGUACAGUUUAUUUAACGUGAAGACGUCCAUUGUGACGGAUGUGUACGGCCUUGACCUUUCUCUCGUGUCAGCCUUGGCGUGUCAGGUGUUAGAGGUCGUCAGUAUCCCCAAGGAUUUGGAUAAGGUGUUACGGGACAUGAGUCAGGGGGUUCCGUCAUGGGUGGAACAGCUACUCCGGGACAUGUACGACAAACGCCAGAUCCUCAUCCGCUACACUGACCUCGCCCCCAACACCUUCAGGGCAUCUGUCGUGGCCCCUAAACAGACUUUCAUUACCAAGUUGACCAAUAUCGGGAAGGCCACCGAGCGGAGGCGUCCCAGAACGGCCAGAAGAUUUUCCGACAUCGACUCCAUAUCACAUGAGGCAAGUCCUGAAGCCAUGCUUGCUGACCUUGGCUUUAAAUUCACUACUCAGAGCAAGAUGAAGGAAACGUUUGAAUUGAGAACAUGCGUCAUGGCGCCUGGUAAAACUGCCGAGGACAUUCAAGUUCCUGCGGCCAUGAAAGAUUUGGUUAUAGCAAGAAUAGAUUCUAUGCGUGCCACAGAACAGCUGAUCGUGAAGUGUGCGGCUGUUCUUGACCCUCCCUUCACGAGGCAGAGCGUGGAGGAGGUCCUUCCCCAGGCCAACACCUUCAAGGUCAGCACUUCCCUCAAGAGGCUGUAUGAGAACGGGACGUUCACGUGCAGCAGCGUCUCCUCUCGUCUGUCGUCGUCACGUCGUAGAGAGGACGUCGGGAGAGCCAGAGGGGAGUGCUGCUGCCCCAGGGGGGACCACGAGAAGGGAGAGGUCAUGUGCAACUCGCUUAUGUUCCGACAUAAGCUGCUUAAAGACACUGCUCAGGAAAUGCUGAUGGGCAAGCAGAAGCAGCAUCUGCAUCUGAAGGCUGCUGAGUUUAUUGCACGGGGGGUCAAGGACAUCAGGGGCAAUGUACCGUAUCAGUUGUUCGUCCAAAACCGGAAGGAAUCUGAAGCUGAAAAAAUACACACACACGAAGAGAAUGCGUUGACUGAUGAAGAGACGUCAAAAAGGUUUCGGACAAUUUUAAAAUCGGGUGAGAUGUUACCACACCUGCAUCUGAUCCUAGAGGGCGCUGUGAUUGACAAACGCCGGAACUCUCUUCUUGAACAGUUACUUCCUGUGUAUAAAAGAAUGGCCUUCCAUUACAACGCCGCGGACGACAUGUACAGCCUGCUUGACACACAGACGGAAGCAGGACUUGUGUGUAUUGUGCUGAAAAGGAGUGGACAGGCAAUGUCUUGGCUAGCGGAAACAACAAUACCGUUCAGGAAACUGGCAGUGUCGAACCAGCCCUCAGAGGUCGUAAAAAAAUACAAGAAUAUACAGGCAGGCCUGAAGCGACUGAUUGGGAAGUCUUUCCUUCAGCUCGGCCAGCUGCCCGAAGCAAGGCAAUACCUGACGGAGGCCGCGGGUCUCCUGGACCUGACCGAACCCUCCAGCAAGACAGACACUCGGUUCCAGAUGUUCAAACUCCGACUCUCACCCUUCCCACGGUUCAUCUACUUCACCAAAGGUGGAUCAGUCAGACACCUCAAGCCGGCCAGCCGGAGGACGAUAGAACGGGGACACCUUCUGGGGGAUCUGUGUCGGCUUCACAAGGACCAGGGAAACAAGGACCUCCUCAUCCUGGACGCCUGGAGAUACUCGGCUAACAUCGUGGGCAGAGAGGUCCAUAUCCAUCAGGUGCUGGAGAGUUACAUACACAUCAUCCAGGCGUGUAGGACGCGUGGCUGGUCCAGCAGAGCCCACAGACUCGAGAGUGAACUGUACGCCACAUGCUGUGCACGAAGUCACGAACUCUUGUAUGAUGACGUCAAGGCGCUGGCUACGACACUAGGGGAGGGUGCCUUGCUCUGUCUCUCGGCAGGAAACGUCGCCCAGGCCACAGACAGGGGAGAGGUAGCAGCAAAGAUCGUAGGGCACAUGAGUCACACUCGCUUGACAGUGAGAAUCUACCCAAUACUGGCCUUGGCCUAUCUCGCCGCAAACAGACCGCAGGACUGUCAGGACCUCCUGGAUAAGCUGAAUGAGAUCUACGCGGACCUCGAGGGGUGGGGGGUUGACACCUGGGGGACCAUCCUCGCCCUGGAGCUCAUGAUCUCACCAGGCAUCCCCACACAAACAUUCUUCAUGUGUCUGAAGAAGGCAAGCGUCUACCUGAAGAACUACGACGCCCUCAUUGACGGCAGCGUGGCACGCUACUACAUUGCGAUGUGUAUAGCGGUUUGGUACAGUCGCCGAGGCCAGUGGCAGACCGCCCAGGGCUGGUUCGACUACUGGGAACAUUACGACCUGGGCGAACACAACUACAUCACUCUGAGUGCCCGAUGCAAGAAGGUGGAGUGUAUGCUUCUGGCAAUGUGUAGGGCCAUUCAGAAGGGGACGGACAGGGCAUACGAUAGGAUCAAGACAGAUGUUGUCAAGGAAUUCUACUCCCUAAAGAAACUACUGAAGAAGAGCCCUGGUUUGAAACCUCGUGUGUAUCACCUCAGAGCUUACUUCUCCCUCCUCCUGGGCAAGGUGACAUCCGCAAGGUCAUAUCUCAUAGGGUGUGUCCAGCAGUGCAAGAAGCAGGGCAAUCUGCUGGAGUUCUGGUUGGUCAGACAUGACUGGAGACAGUGGAGCAAACAGAUGUCCACCAACAGUCUGGACACCACGUGGGUGGACUCUGUGGACGAACACUUCUUGGACUGGCGUCUGAGGUUGACAAGAGGGGAGGAGGUUCUGUAUACCUUACCACUGCCUCAAGAAAGGGUGGUGCGGCGGAAUAGGUGGUGGAGAUCAAACAAGAUUAAGCCUCUGCCUCUGGAGUGACAUUGUUUCAAAGACCCAGACAAGGAGACCAAACAAGGUCAAACUUCUACCUCUGGAGUGAAAGGGCAAAGCGCAGUAUUUUCAAUGAUAGAUUUUUUGUUGAAUUGUUAUUUUCUGGUUAAAUUUGAAUUUUUCACUAUGAAACAAAAAUGAACCCACUCCUAAUAUUGUUCUGUAGUGAACAGAGUCACGAGGGAAAAAUGGUGUGGAUUUUACUCACAGUAAAACAUUGUUGUUGUUAGUCAUGAUAUGGAUGAAAUAUUGCUGAUGUAUUAACUCCCUCACUCACUCAUUGUUGUUGUUAACUCAUGAAAGUUAUGUCUGAACAUUGGAGAGCUAAUAUAUAUUUAUGCAACAGGGCCCGUGAAGAAACAAACGAUAACUCGAUUAUGGACAGAAAUAUUUGAGUAAAAUCAUUUAUUUUUGCUGAAUGCCUUCUGCAUACAAAUUAAUUAAAUGCAAAAUGUGUAGAAAGCAUGUUUUAUUGUGGGGUUAUUUUCCAUCAGUAUCCUUACAUGAUUUGAAAACAAUACUUUCUGCACAUGUUUUGUUUGUUUGUUUAACGCCACACUCAGCAAUAUUCCAGCUGUAUGACGGCGGUCAGUAAAUAAUCAAGUCUGGACCGGACAAUCCAGUGAUUGACAUUAUGAGCAUCGAUCCGCGC